UCAGCUGGAGCUCCCGCAGGGCACCAAUGGCUGGCACAUCAGCCCUGCAGGCACACAGACGCCCACCAGUGCAGCUGCCGCAGUGCCCACAGCGCCCUCAGAGGAGCGGAGCAGAGCCGCCACCGCCACCAUACAGCCGCAGUUCCUGAUGCCCGCACAGAGCCAGCAGCUGCUCACUGCCCUGCCCGGCGUCAUGCCCAACAUCCAGUACCAGGUGAUCCCGCAGUUCCAGACGGUGGACGGGCAGCAGCUGCAGCUCCAGGCAGCGCAGGACAUGUCUGGGCAGCUGUUGGUGUCGUCCCCCGGCGGGCAGCAGCUCCGGGCAGCAGGCAGCGGGAACAUCCUGACGGUCCCGGGCCUCUUCCAGCAGGCCAUUCCUCUGCAGAACCUGAGCGCCGUGCUGCCCAACCAGACGCAGUUCCUGGCCAACGUGCCGCUGAACGCCAACAUCACACUGCUGCCGGUGGGGCCCGGGCCCGUAGGCGGAGACACACACACUGCGGUAGCCGCUCCGCCACAGGGCCCUGAGUUCUGCAGCACCGCCUCCAGCACACGGGCAACAGCAGCAGUGGGCAUCGCCACCCUCGCCCAGAGCAGAGCGCCCGCCGCCUCAGACGGGCAGAAGGGGCAGCCGCAGAUGCUCCUGCAGGGGGUUCAGCAGGGCACGGUGUCGGCCCCGGGGCCCGUCUUCACCACACAGACCCUCUCUCAGGACGGCGUGCAGAACGUGCAGAUCCAGACCAUCGCCAGCGGCAGCCCAAUCCUGAUCCGCACGCUGGGCGCCGACGGGCAGGUGAGCUGGCAGACGCUGCAGCUGCAGAGCCCCGGUGCCCAGAUCACACUGGCUCCCACUGGGGCCUCGGGGCCCGUGCAGCUCUCCGGCCUGCAGACCAUCAACCUCAACACACUGGGCAGCGGCGGCCUGCAGAUGCAGCCGAUACAGAUGCCCGUCACCAUCGCCAGCGCACCAGGUGAAGCGGCUGCAGACGCUCUGGAGGACAGCGCAGUGCUGGAGGAGAAUGCAGAGAGCAGCCCGAACACAGCCAGCAGCAGACGCACACGCAGAGAGGCCUGCACAUGCCCCUACUGUAAAGAUGGAGAGGGACGGUACGACACUCACACACACACACACACACACACACACACACACACACACACACACACACACACAUCAUUAUUCAGUUCUACAGUUGUCAGAAAACAGCUCUAUGCAGACCCACAGACACUGCUGACGGUGGACUCCCUCUCAGCCGACAGCUUCACCAGACUGCCCGGCGGGAUCAGUGUGAUGCAGGUGACGGAUCUGCAGUCCAUCGGCCUCAGCGGCAGCAACGGAUUCUAGCGCGCACACACAUACACAUGCACACAUGCACACACACACACACAGGAAGCGGACAGAUGUGUAUUCCUCUUUUUAAUCUCUGAUUCUCCGCUCCGCCAUCAUGCUUUCCUCCAUUAAUCGGUCGAGCAGACGCAGCUGAAGGCUUCUGCUUUUGUACAUAAGUUAUAUUUUUGUAAGGAGAUCUGCGAUUUCUGACUUUGUGUUGUUCUGCAGUCGUGAACGCAGCGUUUUUUAUUAUGUAGAUGUGGUAUAACUCUCGUUUUGUGCUCACACACACACACACACACACACACGCGUCCUCUGUUACAGCCACUCUCCCGCUCGCCCUCGUCUGACAGUGGACAUGUUUUGUUUUUGGGGAAUGUCGAGAUUCAGAUGCCUUAACGUCUUCCUUUCCUGAAGACUCUUUUAUGAAUUUGAGUUGAAACCAAAGCUCUCCUCUUCCAUGUUAACUCAGGUGAAUGUUUCUCUUCAUGAUUAUUAAAUUAAGAUGAACUCGCA